AUGAGUAAUGACACUAUCUUUAAUUUAAAAUCGAAGGUCCCAGCCCACAUCUGCGGACCCGACCCGACCCGAUUACAUGAUGCCGCCGGCGACUGGCUCUCUCUCACGGACAAGGCGCCGAGUCGUCGACUCAGUGAUCGGGAAGCGGUGUCCGAUAUGCCUGAGCAGAGUCGAGAUCCCAUCGGCAGCCGUGAUUAUUCCUUGCUUGCACGCCUACUGCAUCGGGUGUAUCCGCAGGUGGAGCGAUUUCAAGCGCAAGUGUCCUCUCUGCAACGCGGAUUUCUGCUCGUGGUUAUGCCAAUUUGAUAAGGAUUUUCGCGAGGAGAGAUUGAUUUCUGUUGGCAGGAGCACACCGGUCAGUUCGUUACCUAGGGAUGAUACGUUGUUGAGGAGACGGAGAGCUCAAUUGUUCGAACAAAGAAGGAUGAUUAGUCGAGCUUCCAGAGAGGUAUCAGUUGUAAAAUCUAGAACAAGAGAGUUACCAAAGCAACGAUCCUUGGAAAGGUCAAGCCAUGAAAGCCCUGAAGUCGAAGCUGAGAGAAUUAGGAAAUGGCGUGCUAGCAUUUAUGAGCAGAGGCUGAAGGCUGUUCCUUUCGCUUCCAAUUCGGAAAAUGGUGUUGUGAAGCAAAUUUCCGCAAAUGAUGGUGGACAAGAAAGGAUACUAAGGAAAAUAGAACCCUGGAUACGAAGGGAGUUGCAGGCCAUUUUGGGGGAUCCUGAUCCAACUGUCAUUGUACAUGUUGUGACCUCCAUUUUUAUCUUAAUAUAUAAGAAGAAACAGGAAAGCUUCCUAGGUCAGAUUGAAGAUGAUUAUCUUGCACCCCUGCGUCGCUUUCUUGGUGAUCAGACUGAACUAUUCUGGCAUGAACUUAGGUGCUUUGCAGAAAGCUCAUUCACUAUGAAUACAUAUGAUACGAUUGUAGUUUAUAAAGUGAUGGACUAAGAGAAGCAAGAGGAGUUGGGAGAUCUGCAACUACACAUGUGGGCUAUAGAUAUCUGUUUUCCACAGUUGGCAGUGAACUUCAAACUGAGUGAGAAAUUUAUACCGUUCUUGCAGCAUGUGCUUCAUGAAUGGAAGCCUUUUCAGCUGUAACUUUAUAAGCGUCAUCAACAGAAGGGACAAGCAUGCAAUUAAUCCUUUCAUUGAAGCAGGUUGAGGGAAUUUGAAACAAAAAGUUAAAUGUCCUUGACUAGAAGAAGAAGAUUAUUAUUCAAUCCUGCAAAGCAAUCCUCUGUUGAUGCAUUUUGCCUGAAGUUCAGACAUUCUCAAUGUACAUUAAGUAGUAGUAAUCUCAAUUGAGUGAUAUAUAAUUGUCGCAAUUGUGGACUAGAAACUCCAUACCAAUGGUUUAGUGCAAAAAGAAGAAUUUUGGGAUAUUGUGAAACCAACUGACCUCCCUUCGACUGUCCGUGAAACAAACAGAUUGAUCUCUUAGAAAUGUGAUCGACUACAGGAAGAAAAGGCAAUGAUAUAUAUAAGCUUAUGAUUAAUUUUUAGCAACAA